UACAGAGAUAAGGAGUAUCGAAGCUUCACUUCUUUUGCUUCAUUCCAUUUCUCUCUCUCUCUCUCUCUCUCUCUCUCUCUCUCUCUCUCAGUUACCUACUGUGUACCUUGGAUGAUGAAAGUCAAUGACGUAGUGGCUCCGUUUCAAUUCGAUCUUCUUCUCUCUUCCUCUCUUUGGUGAAUCAGAUUUCUGAAUCACAUGGUGAAAAAUCUUCACUUCUUCUUAAGGAUUUUGAUUCAUCAAUUGGAGAACCCAAAAGGGCUAGUACUUGUUGCAAAUCAAAGAAAAAUCAGAUUUUGAGAUCGAUUUCGUUGAUGGGUCAUGCUGAAAAAUUCUAGGUGAAAUCUCAGGUAAUUUGCUGGGAAAAUGGAAGAUCAAGCUGUUAAUGUUGUUGUAAGAGAGGAAGAAGAAGAAGAAGAAGUUGAAGAAUUUUGCAGUUGCUGUGAAGAUGAAGAUUUGGAAGCAUGGAAGGAAACUGAGGAGCCAGUGGGUGUGGAAGGCUUGAAGGAUGAGCUUGAUGAAUUUUCUGUAAGAUUGUUUUUUAAGGGGGUGUCAAUAGCUAAGGUUGAGAAUUCUGGGUUUUCUGGAAUUGGAGUGUUUAUGGAAAGAUCAGCAAGUCUUCCUGCUAUAAGGGUGCAGAAAAAGCUUGAAUUUUAUGCAGAGGAGCCUGUAGUUGACUGCUUGGCACUCAUGGAUGGUUUGCUGGAAGCUGUGAAGAACAAGAUCCACAAGGUUUAUGCUUUCACAGAUUCUGAGUUGUUGUAUAAUCAGAUAACAUCUGAAAAAGAAUUGGACAUGCCACUUUUGAUGGCUCUGAAAGGAAGGAUUUUGGAACAUGCCAAGAAUUUUGAAACUUUUGCUCUGAAACUCAUACCUGGCACCCUUCUCGAGCAGCCGCUGCAGCUGGCUAAAGUAGCUAUUGGACUUGUCACCUUCCCUGUCUAUGGUGAGAGAUUGCUUGAGAACUGUUCUAUUUGUUGUGAUGAGAAGCCAGUGUCUUUUAUGGUUACAUUGAAAUGUUCACACAAGUUCUGUUCACAUUGCUUGAGAUCCUAUGCUGAUGGUAAAGUACAAUCCUGUCAAGUCCCUAUGAGAUGUCCUCAACCAGGAUGCAAAUAUUGCAUCUCUGCAACUGAGUGCAAGUUUUUUCUUCCAUUUACGUCCUUUGAAUCUUUGGAGAAAGCCCUUUCAGAAGCAAGUAUUGCCAAGUCAGAUAGAAUUUACUGUCCAUAUCCAAACUGCUCUGUUCUACUUGAUCCUAGCGAAUGUUUAUCAGCUAGGGCCAGUUCAUCUAGUCAGUCAGACAAUUCUUGUGUCGAGUGUUCUGUUUGUCGGAGGUUUAUCUGCGUGGAAUGUGAGGUUCCUUGGCAUUCUUCUAUGAGCUGUGAAGAAUACCAGAUUCUGCCAGUGGAGGAGAGGGAUGCUUCUGACAUUACCUUGCAUCGUCUUGCUCAGAACAAAAGAUGGAAGCGUUGUCAGCAAUGUCGUAGAAUGAUUGAGCUUGCUCAAGGUUGUUACCACAUGACAUGCUGGUGUGGGCACGAGUUCUGCUAUUCUUGUGGCGCGGAGUAUAGAGAUGGCCAACAGACAUGUCAUUGUGCAUUUUGGGAUGAGGACAACUCACAAGACUCCUUGACACACUCUCUUCAAGAAUCAGAACAAUGGGCAUGUGAGACUUUCCAUUCCUUCUCCAUGAUCAUGGAUCAAUACUCAGACCAAGAAAGAUCUCACCUCGCGCUUUUACAAAGGUUCCUGGCUGGUGAUUCUGGUCUUAGUGACCAUAAUCCCCGCCAAUCUCCUCCCCGCUUUACAGACUCGUACGUAGACCCCAUGAAAGAUCUUCAUCAACUUCCAUGGCUAGAGAGAUUUGUGUCUGUGAUAAGUGAUAACUACUAUGAAGAUUACCAUGCUAGAUCCUACACUACCUAAUUAGUUCAUCAACUUACAAAUCUCAAACUGAGCUUUGAAAGGAUGUGAAAAGAGUUUCUCACUCUGUCCACUUCUCAUCAUGAGGUAUAGCAACAUUUACAUCAUGCAAAUUCUUAUAUCAAGGUGAAGAAUCUGUUCAUGAUGAUUUUCUUUAAAGAAAGAAUAAGAAAGAGGAACAUUGGAAGAGAAAACAGUUGCUUUUUGUUGGGGCUUGGGUAAGAAUACAAUGAUGGCCAAAUGAAAGAAACUCAUGAUUUUAUUUUUCAUCACUGGAUGCCCCUAGAUUUAGUGCAUGUGUGAAAAUUCUUCUAUGAUUGAUUUUAAAGUCAGAAUUAAUCAUGGGGAAAAACUUCCUUGUGUAUUUUCUGGUUGUCCGAAUUGAUUGGAAAACGAAGUUGAUCCAAACAUGCUAUUGAGUAUGCUUGCUUACACUA